CCGGUCAUAUUUUAUAAGAAAAGAAAAUUUCCAUGAAAAAUCUAAGCCUUUCUCAUUCUGUCCUACUACCCCUGUGGUCUUAAUAUUGGUCUUUACUCCUGUAUAGCUUUGCAAGUGCAGAUAUCAUUAAGCAAGUCCAGAUUAAAAACAAGAUGGGCUUAGGUUUUCACAUAUUUUUUUUGAUGUUAUGGCUAUUUCUUAUGUACACCUGUGCUUUGCUACUAUUUACAAAAGGUUUUUUAUUAAACCGCAUAGUUAUGAGUAAUGUAAGCGCAUGCGAGGAAGAGAACUGGUAUAUAAACAAUUUAUGGAGCGGAAUCACAACAAAUGUUGUUUUCCAAAGGGAAAGCAUAUCUGCUAAAAAUACAUGCAACAGGUUAAUUUUUCCAAAAUUCCACAAAGCUAUACUCAUUGUAAUUGACGGGCUGCGUUAUGAUUUUAUGCAGUAUAGAGAAGAGAUUAAUUUGACUUCUGCAUUGCCCUAUCAAAAUAAAAUGAAAAAGUUACAUUCAUUAAUGCAUAGAGAGCCUUCAAAUGGUAAAUUGUAUAAAUUUGAGGCUGAUCCACCAACAACAACAAUGCAAAGAAUCAAAGGGUUAACAACAGGCAGUCUUCCUACAUUUGUGGAUGCUGGUUCCAAUUUUGAUAGCUAUGAGAUUACAGAAGAUAAUAUUCUGGACCAUGCUUUACGUUAUAAUAAAAAUAUAUCAUUUAUGGGAUGUUCAACAUGGACUGAAUUGUUUCCUAAACAAUUUUACCGAAAGACUCCUUAUUCAGCUCUUAAUGUGAAGGAUUUGGAUACAAUUGAUUAUGGCAUCAUGAAAAGUAUUGGUGCUGAAGUAAAGCGAUCCGAUUGGUCUAUUAUAAUUGCUCAUUUUCUUGGAGUAGAUCAUUGUGGGCAUCGUUAUGGUACUAACCAUCCAGAGAUGACAAGAAAAUUAAGUGAAAUGGAUUCGGUGAUAAGCGAUUUGACUGCUAAUAUUGAUAAUGACACAAUUUUAUUUGUAAUGGGAGACCAUGGAAUGACAAUAACCGGUGAUCAUGGUGGUGAUAGUAGAGAUGAAGUUAUGGCUGGUUUGUUUGCUUACAGUAAAAGGUCAAUUUUCAAACCAUCCCAGUUGAAUGGUCAGCAUCUGCCCACUGUUUCUCAAAUUGAUCUUGUACCAACAUUAUCACUGCUUCUUGACCAACCAAUUCCAUUUUCAAACCUUGGUUCAAUAAUUCCUGACUUUUUUGACGGAGAUGUAGAAAUGUUUAUACCUGAAAAUUUAAAGCAAAGAAUAAAAGAAAAAAUAUCUGUCAAUGUUUUUAAACAAAUUAACAAAGUUUAUUUAGCUCAAAUUAACUGCAAGCAAAUCCUUGCAUAUAUAGAUCAAUACCAAACUUUCUCUGAUGAACUUCCUUCAGAUAGAAUUGAAAUGGCAAGAGCAAGUUAUGAGUACAGUGUAGAUAAAUUUAAUGAGUUGUUACAGAUUAUAGUUGCUAUUGACUGGGAAAAUGAGACACUAAUUACACUUCAUUCUAAAGAUAUUAGCGAAUAUGUUAAAGAAAUGCAACUUUUAGAUCAGUCAUUUCAAGAUGUCCUUCAAUCAAUAAAAAAGUUAUGUAGAAAUGCCUGGGCGCAGUUUGACUUGAUUUCAAUGUGUUUAGGGUUGUCAUUAAUGGGAUUUAUAUCUGCUACUUUAUUUAUCAUGUUUUAUUCAACUAACGUAAAUUUGAAAAUGGAGACAGGAGUUUUUAAUGCAUCAGUAUGCAUCAUUGGUUUUAUUUUUACCUUAGUUGGGGUAGCAUAUUUAAUUGUACCGAUGCAUCUAAGUAAUGACACAUCAGCAUUUAUAGUUUUUGGAGCUAUUUCUUUCUCAUUUAGUUUAUGGCUUACAGUAUGUGGUAGUUUCAGUUUGUGGCUUACAGUAUUUGGUAAUAUACUUUUAUUUAGAAAUUUAAAUCAUGUUUUUAACUUUCAAGUUUUAAUUCAGCAACUCAGUAUUAAAGGAUGGUUAUUUUUAGUUGCUUUUCUGGCACAUUUAGGAUCCCUUUUUUCUAAUAGUUUUAUUAUUUAUGAAGAUGUUAGCACAAUGUUCUUACUUCAAUCCUUGGUUUUGUUUUAUGCAUUUUCAUGUUUUUUAAUCUCUCUAAAGUGUUAUAAAAUACAAGCUGCAAAAGAUCUGAGAUCAAAGUGUUACAUGCAGUUAAAAACGGUCGUUCUUAACUUUUGCUUUAAUAGUGAAACAUUAAAGAUUACUGCUAUUUUUUUGGUAUUACUAGUUUGUAUUCGAUUAACAAAAAACUUUUGGUUUUGUAGAGAGAUGCAAUUAACUUGUGUCGUUUCAACAUACUCUCUGCCAUUAUCAGCUUUAAUAACAGACUUUACAGAUCAUUAUGCUCAGGAGAGAAUUUUUUUAGCUAUUGCAUCACUUUUUUCAUUAUUGUUAAUAACACGAUGGUAUUUACACAAGCGUGGUAAUUUGUAUGGCUUUAGUUCUAUUGCUUUUGUUAUGAAAAUUUUAGCUGUUUUAUGUUUCUUUUUCAUGGUUUUACAUUGGAUUUUUCUAUUGAUAUUGAGUCAUCCUAUAGCCUCAGUGUUUAACGUGCUUUAUUGGCAGCAAGUUUUUUUCCCUCGGAUUGUUUACAUUUGUUUUAUUUUAUCAAUUAUUUUACUUUCUAUUAACCCACUUGGUUUGGCAGUUGUUUUUCAAAAUCAAAAGAAUCUUUAUCAAAAUAUUUCUGUACCAGAGUUAUUUCGAGUUCUUAAAGACAACAUCUCUAAAAGGUUAUCAAAAGAAGCUUCAGAACCUCCAUUGGUAUAUGGUCUUCAGACUGUGUAUUCUUCUGCGUUUAUUGUAUUAGCUUUUAAAUUAACAGUUGUUAUAUGUUUAGUUUUAAGUGAUGGAAUGAUUUUUUCUGUAUUGUUACUAUGGGUAGCAGCAUACUGUGUGUUAGGAAUUUUCGGCUUUGGUUCGUCUGAGAAGCCAUGGGAGUAUGGAGAUAUGUUUUGCAGUGUUCUUGUAUGGAGCUUCUUUUCAGUUUAUGGAUUUUUUGGAACUGGUCAUCAGACAACAAUUCCUGCAAUACGUUUUCCUGCUGCUUAUAUUGGUUUCGAAGGCUCUUCUACAGAGAUAGUUCCACAAGUAAUGGUUAUAUUGUUGAAUACAUUUGCUUCUCAAAUUGUUUGUUCGUUGGCUCUGCCUUUGCUUUUUUUAAGCCAAAAAAAUAAUUUUUUUCGCGUUGAUGAAAAAGAUAAAGUGGCGGAAGUUCAUCUUGUUGACAAUGGACACAGUUCUCGAAUAAAUCUUUUUCGAUUGUCACUUCUCUACAUGGCUAUAUUUAUGUGUAAAGUUUUUAUCACGGCUUCUUCAGCUACUCUUCACCGCAGGCAUCUCAUGGUUUGGAAAAUUUUUGCUCCAAGAUUUUUAUUUGAAGCUGUGUCAUUUCUUAUCAGUGUUCCAAUAUUGCUUUUGGGUUAUUGUUUUUAUCUUCGCAUUGAUAGUUGUUUAUGUACACGUCUUGAAAAACUAGAAAUUGAAGUCGAACAAAACAGAGAUUUCUAAAUUUGUUAGAACAUUUUAAUUUUCUUUCAUUCCUUGUAUUUUCGAAUGAUUGUUUUCCACGUAUUUUAUUUUAUAAACCGA